AUGGGAUCAUAGUGUUGUGUGUAAGAGCGAAGCAUCAAUAGAGCAUCCAUAGCAUCCAAGGCAAUCGAAGACGAGCUAGAAUACAUGAAAGAAUUAAGCUUCUGUCAUUAAAGAAGACGUGUCUUGGUAUAUGAAGACAAACCUAUUUGUUAUUUUCUAAGCAAGAUUGAAUUAUUGAAUGAUACCAUUACGACUGCUUAUUCAUUGAAUGAACGAGGAACUGCAGGUGAAUUUGAUGAAUAUUAGCAACUGUAAGAUGAUAUUGUUAAGCAAAUACAGGAGAAGUGUGAUUAUGGGAUCACUCCUGUCGAUGAUUGGAUUAUCUUGUGUGAUAAUGUGGAUUCAAAGAGCGGAUUGAAAUUAUUUAUUAAAUAAAUUGAGGUAGAUAGUCAAACAAAAGUGAAUGCCACGAGAUGUGAAUUCAUUGUUCCUGGAAAGCCUCAAAAAUUUAUUGAAUUUAUGAGCAAUUUUCAAAAAUAAAAGGAAUUAGAUUCUCGAAUUGAUGCCUUUUAUCCCAUCAAAAAGAAUGAGGAGAACAAGGAAACAGUUAUCUAUUUAAGUUACAAACCAAUAUUGAUGACUUCUGCAAGAGAAUUCAUCUAUUACAAAAAAACAAAGCAAAUUGACUCAAAUGUAUGGUGUGACGUUAGUAAAUCUGUUACCGAUUCCCAAUAUCCGAUAAGGAACAAAGUGAGAGGUGAAGUUUUGCUUAGUGGCUAUACGAUUUAGCCACUCUCAAAUUUAAUAAAUAACGAUUACAUUAAUAAUAGAUUCAAAAAUAAAAACUUCGAUGAUUAUUCCUUUGUCAAAAUGUACUCUCUAUGUGAUUUCAAAUUGUCCAUUCCUCUUUACAUGGCCAAAGGAUAAGUGAAGUAGGAAAUGAUAAAAUAUAUUGAUUUGGUAUAUCAGAAAUUAUAAUGA